AGCAAUUGGGUAGCAAACAUCGCCAUAUUUUUUUCAUUAUUACGAUUUUGGCCUAGAUUGAUGAAAAUUUGUUAAAUUAUUCAUCAUUAAAAAAAAAGAUAGUUUAACUUAUAUCAUCAUAUUGUGUAACAUUCAUUUUUCAUUUUGUGAUUUUUUUUUUGUAUUUGUCCAUUAAAAAUGCUCUUUUAACAUUUGUUAGAGUAUUGGUAAAACUUGUUCGAUAUUUAAAACUUGUUAUAUUUAAAAACGGCAACUUUCAUUGAAAGAUUAUUCAAAAACAGAUUUUUGAUUUUUAAAGGCUCGAUAAAGAGCCUUAGAUUUUACAGUCUAAGCUGAUACUCUCAUCAUAAUAUACUAUCAUAAUAAUUGACACCAAAAUAUUUCUGAAUAAAUUGAUUUUACCAAUAAAUACAUACUUGUUUUACAAAUAACCAAUUUUCAAAUCAGUGAAGAUGCCGCGCCGUAAGCCGACGAUUAAAACCGAUGUUAUCGGGGACUUGGACCUCAGUCCCGAGCAGGCCAUCGAGGACUAUAAAGUUUCGAAGCAGCAGGAUCAGUAUUUCGUUAAGCCACCGAACUGGGACUCCGCCGGCGAGUCCAUUGAGAUGCUCUAUAUCGCCAAUCUGCGGGAGUACGAUGCCAUGAAAAAGGUCCAGGUCCAGCUUUUAACCGAUGCCAAGCGGCAGUCCGCGUUGAAUGUCCAGCGCAUCCGGAAGAUGUACAAAAUGCAGGAAAAGCUGCGAAAACGCUUCGUCGAGGUGAACGGAUUCAUCAAGGAUUGCGCGGACAAAAAACGCAGCUCGGACAAGUGCAUUCGCGAGGAGUCAGUCCUCCACGAGGAAGUCAUCAAAGAGAUCGACGAAUUCAAGACCUCUAUUUCGUCCCUGAAAUCCUUCCGGAACGACCUCAAGGCCACCACAGCCAAGUUCCAGCCUUAUGAGAGAGUCUUGAAUGAUGUGGUGAAGGUCUCCGACAUAUUUAUAUCCACAAAAGACUGCAUCGAUAGAUGCGAUGCAUUGAUGCUAGCCCAGGUGGAAAUCAAUGAAUUGGGAGCUCAAAAGCUCAAGGAAAUCGAGGAGAUGCGCCAGCGUAUGGUGCAAUUGACCAGUGAGGCUGCUCUAACGGUUCUGGGCCUCAAAAACGAUCUGGCCCGCCUGGAGCGCUCCUAUGUACACUCACGCGCCACUUGCCUCAAGUGGGAGAAGAUCCUGAGCGCCUGCAAGGACGCCACCAUCUCGUACAAUCUCGACAAGGAGCGCAUGUUUGACGGCAUACAGAUUUUGUAUCGUUUGCUUUGCAAACGUCGAGAUAUUACCCAGAGUUUUCAUAGCCAUGAGAUUGAUCGCAUCAUGAAUUUUGCUUUCGGGGAGAUUACUCUUCUAUCUUCGGUGCUCCAGGAGUUGGAGUCUGCCAAGUCUGAUAAAACGGGCACAGGACACAUGUGCUAAUUGGAAUAUUUGUUUAAUACACUUAAUAGAGCAUUAUAAAAAAUUUUUCAAGACUAACAAGGACACAUUCCUUGAUUUAUUGAAUUAGCUCUCCGCUUCGUAGCUUCCUCCCCAAAAGCAACUUUAAUGGGUUUCAUCCUCCAAUCUCGGUUCUCGAUUUCAGCCUACCUUCUUUUUUAUAGCUACCAUAACAAUUGUCUAACCCUAAAACCGAAAAACGCCCCCAACAUAUGGCCAGCACAUAGUUGUUAGAGCCCCCUUUGUGUUGUUGUUGUCUAAGCCCAAAGAAAAUCAAAUGAAAUUCGAUAAAAAGAAAAUGCAUUUGGAGAUAGAUGGAUACUGGGGAGCCUGGACGGACGACUGAGAAACUUUUCAAGUGGCACUCGAACUCCAAAUCAAGGGGCGGGAAAAUAAAGUUGGCAAAUCGAAUCUGCGACAUCUUUCCAUUCAAUUGCCAAUCGGAUUCUAUGGCCCAGGGAUAAUCUAACUUAAGCACAGAUAAUUCUUUUAUGCGAACAUUUUGAUUUCUGUCCUCGCAUUUACAACAACGUUUGGCCGACUGGAACUACCAACUAAUUUUGUACUAUUGAGGCUCAGGCCCAGCCACGCCCUCCGUCCUGUGUCCUGUAUCCUGCACCCUGCUCCCCCACAUCCGUCGCAUCCGUUGAAGUAGCUCCGGAUUGGGAAGGAGGCGUGGCACUUGUCUCUUAUUCAAUUUGGUUUAUUUGAUUUGCGAUUUUUGCUGAUAUCAGCUGGAAAAGGAAGUCCCUGGCAGUCGCAGUUAUAGUCGUAGACCUAGGCUAAAAAUCAAAUCAAAUGGAAAGCAAAAUAAAAUGCGAGGAAAUUUA